GCCUGGGCCGCCGCCGCCCGCCUUGAUCUCCGCCGCGGCCGCGUCGCCCGCGCAGCCAUGGCCAAGUGGGGCCAGGGGGACCCGCGCUGGAUCGUGGAGGAGCGCGAGGACGGGACCAACGUGAACAACUGGCACUGGACAGAGCGGGAUGCCACCAGCUGGUCCAAGGCGAAGCUCCGAGAGGCCUUGGUGGGCCUCGUCGUGGAGAGUGAGGCCGGGCGCUGCGAGACCACUGAACUGAAGCAGGUGGAAGGUGAGGCUUCUUGCAGCAGCCGCAAAGGGAAGCUGAUUUUCUUCUAUGAGUGGAACAUCAAGCUGGGCUGGAAAGGUACAAUUAAAGAAUCUGGCGCAAAGCACAAGGGAUUGAUUGAAAUACCCAACCUUUCUGAAGAAAAUGAAGUAGAUGACACUGAGGUGAACGUGAGUAAAAAGAAAGGAGAUGGGGAAAUACUGAAGGAUCUUAUGAAAACUGCAGGCACCGCCAAGGUCAGGGAGGCCCUUGGAGAUUACCUGAAGGCACUUAAGACGGAAUUUACCAUGGGAAUGAUUUUACCAACAAAAGCUUUGCAAAACCAGGAACUGACUGUUAAAAGGAAACUGAGUGAAAAUACCUUGCAGCACGCUCUCGUGGUGUGCUCACUGUCCUCUGGAACCUUUCGUCUUGUUGAGAUUCAGGCCUCCUCUCCAGUGGCACUGGGUGUAAAGAUUCCCACUGUGGCUCUGCACAUGACCGAACUGUUUGAUACAACGGUAGAGCAGCUGUACAGCAUCUUCACUGUGAAGGACCUGGUGCAAAAAUUUUCAAAAUCCUCUGCUGUCUUAGAAGCUGAAAAGGGAGGGAAAUUUCAAAUGUUUGAUGGGACCAUCACUGGUGAAUACAUAGAACUGUUAACAAAUAGAAAGAUCAUCAUGAAAUGGAGAUGUAGAAGCUGGCCGGAAGAGCACUAUGCAACAGUAGCACUGAGUUUUGUGCCUGCUCUAGGGCAGACGGAGUUACAAUUGGACUGUAAAGGAGUUCCUAUCUGUAAAGAAGAGAACAUGAAAUUCUGUUGGCAGAAGCAGCAUUUUGAAGAAAUAAAAUGUUUACUGCAGCUGAUCACCCUAAAUGGUUGAAAUAGCUUUUAUAGGGGUACUACUUUUUGUAGCAGAAAGUGUCCUGUUUACCUCUUUAUCAGUUGUUCCUUAAAAACAAAAACCCCCUUAAUUUAUUUUAUAUUGGAUGAAAUCCAUGAACAGAAUUUAAAAGCUUUGACUCCAACUAGACUCUGCAUUGAGUUCAAAGUGGUAAGCAAAUGAAAUUAGGUAUCAACUUCACUUUCCAUAGAUGUUCCUCUGGUAAGAGACUGAAUCUGCGUGCAAAUAGUUGAAGUUUCUCAAGCUUGUGAUAGCAAGUUUACUUUCAGCUGUACUUUUAAGUUCCAAAAGACAAAUAAAUGGCAUGUUAUACUAC